UCAAAAAGCAUCAGUCAUUUCGCACAACUCGUGGAAAAAUGUUUCGCUUUACUUCCUUUAUUGUGUUAAAUUGCAUAUUAAUUUUUCAAAUCGGAUUUGGUCUACAACAGGAUGCUGAUACAAGUACAGUGUGCGAUUGCAAUUGUGAUGUGCAAAUUGACGUCGUUUCAAAAAUCCUGAAGGAGUUGGAAAACGUGCGGAAGUUUACAGAGGAAUGUUCGAACAACGAAAAGCUGUUACGUGCGAAUCGAGCAAUAAAACCGUAUAGUUUUAUGGAAGUUAACAACCUGAAGAGCGGGGUAUACAGAAUUGAUUUACCAAAGAUUAAUGUCACCAACUUGGAGGUGUUUUAUGAAGAGGAUAUGGAUAUUGGGGGAUGGUUAGUUAUACAACGGCGUCAAAAUGGCUCAGUAGAUUUUACCAGAAAUUGGCAUCAUUAUAAGAAGGGAUUUGGCGACUUAAUGGGAAACUAUUGGAUCGGUUUGGAAACCCUGUACGCGCUCACCAGCGGUUGUGAACAGGAGUUAUAUAUUCAAAUGAAAGCACGCAAUGGUACAGAAUAUUAUGCUAAGUAUUCUCACAUUCUCAUUGGUAACGAAGGAGAGGACUACGUUUUGAAGAAAUUGGGUAAAUAUAGCGGAAGUGCUGGUGAUUCCCUAAGCUAUCAUUUGGGAAUGAAAUUUUCAUCGUAUGACCGUGAUAAUGAUAAAAGUAAUACAAGGAAUUGUGCACAGACUUACUACGGCGGUUGGUGGUUUAAUGAUUGCUAUAGAGGUCACUUUAAUGGGCGCUUCGAACAUAGUUUAGGCGGUCUGAACUGGCAUGAUAUAGAAAAAGAUGUAUCUCUGGUGUUUGCGCAAAUGAUGAUACGACCGAACCAAAAUUGCUGGAGGAAGUUAAUGUUGCGCAAUGCAUAUCAACAGGAUUAAAAAAAUAUUGUUUUUUAACUGUUUUUACUGUAUGCGUGCAUGCUUUUUUUUAUCUCAAAAACUAUGUGAAUUAAUUUUUAAAUAUACUAUUUUAAAAUAAAAAUUGUUGAUGAAAGA